GGGUAGCACAAGGCUCCAGCCUUCUGGUUUUCGUAACAGCAGCCCCCUCCAGUAGGGCUGAAGCAUGGGAGGAGCUUGCCCAAACUCAAAUAAACACUGACAUGCAGCAUCUUACGAGGAUGUGCAGCCUCAGCAGCACAGACUGCAACAGCCAGAAGGACAAGACAGCUGAAAAUCUCUGGCAAGAUGAUCAAAUCCUUCAAGCAAACAUUCCUGUCCCUGGACCUGCAGUCCCCUCGGUGGAGCUCAACAGAGACAAUGGCCAAGGACUAUGAACUGCGUCAGUAUGAGACGGCCAAGUGGGUGAGCACAGUCAUCAGGGGGGAAAGCCAGAAGGAAGCCAUGCGCCAGGGCUUCUGGAAGCUCUUCCACUACAUUCAGGGAAAGAAUGAGAGAGAAAUGAAGAUUGACAUGACUGUGCCAGUGACCUGCCUGGUGAAAUCUGGCUGCACAGACUUCAAGAUCUCGUUUUUUGUGCCCUUUGAACACCAGGACUCCCCCCCCCAGCCCCUGGACUCCGAUGUGUUCGUGGAGGAGCGGAAGGCAGCGGCUAUCUUUGUCCGGUCCUUUGGUGGCUUUGCCUCCCCAGAGAAAUAUGCUGAGGAAGCUGAAGUCUUGGCCAGAACCUUAAGAAACAGAGGCCAACCAUUCCAUGAAGACUUCUUCUAUACUGCAGGCUAUGACAGUCCCUUCAAGCUCUUCAACAGGCACAAUGAAGUGUGGUAUUUUAAAAAGUAACAUGGUGGGGGGAAUGUUAAGAGGCUACUAAUCAGCUCUGGAUGAAAACAGACCUUAUUAAUGGCUUUUGCUUUAGUGCAGAAGAGAUUUAAUUUGCACAUGGACACAGAAUGUCUAAUUCAUCUUCUCUAGGAUGAAAUACUAUUGUGGCUAAAAUGAUCUCAA